UAAACAAUAUAUACGGUGUUACCGUCACUAGCUGAGGUGUUAUUAGCGCAUGCGAUAAGCUAGCUAGGAAUAUCACAUGAUGGCAUUAUCGUAUCGUACACAUUUAUUAAAACUCCUCAUUCGUGACCUAAUAAGAAAUCAUUGACACGUGUAGUAUCCAGGUUCCCUGCUUUCACGUAAUUUGAUGGACAACUUGUUCCCAAUAGGAUUGAAAGAACGCUGUGUUCAAAUCGAGUAAUGCAAGUACAAAGUUUCGAAUGGCGACAGAAGAGCAUAAACAUUUAGCAGAUAUUAUAAAAAACGUACAUGCCACGUUACGAGAAGAAGCUCAGAAUUACGGCCCUGAGAUUGCGUGGAAACAGCACAUCAGUCGAAAAGAUAUCCUACAGAAAUAUGCCUCCUCCAUGCAAAAAUUGGCAACUACGUAUUGGGUGGAGAAUAACUUGAACACCAAAAGUUCAACAUACUCCAGGAUAGAAUGGAUUAAAUCUCAUUGCGAGGAGUACUUUCUAAAUGGUGAAAAACAAAAGUAUGAUACAAGGGAAGAUGAUAUUAAGUCGAAAAUAGAUGCAAGCUUUGUGACAACUGUUCCUGAAGAUUAUAACACGAACGCUGCAUACAAGAAGGAUCAACUACCGAAAUGUUACGACAAAAAUACAGAAAAGACAGAUAAAAUAUGUUUUCUAGAUGUAGGAAGCUGUUAUAAUCCUUUUGGAGAUACAGAUAUGUUUGAUGUAACUGCAAUAGAUUUGAAUGGUUUGCCAGACAGAGUUUUAUGUUGUGAUUUCUUAAACGUUCAAAUUGGGGAGGAGCAAAUAUUGUCUGAUGAUAAACAAGAGAUCUUGCAAUUGUCUAAAAACUCUUUUCAUGUAAUUGUAUUUUCUUUAUUUCUCGAAUAUUUACCCUGCCCUAAGCAAAGAUACUUAUGUUGCAAGAAAGCUUAUGAAUUGUUAAGAGAUAGUGGUAUACUUUUUAUUAUAAGCCCCGACUCAAAGCAUGUUGGCGCAAAUGCAAAAAUUAUGAAAUCAUGGAGAUAUGUUUUAAGCAAAUUAGGAUUUAUGAGAAUAAAAUAUGAGAAACUUCGGCAUAUACACUGUGUAAUAUUUAGAAAGUGUGUAUUUGUCGAUGUUGCAAUAAGAUGGGCGAAUUUGCAAAAGUUGCCUGAUGACGAUCCAUUAUAUGCAAAUGAUACUUCGAUUUAUAUUCCACAAGAUUUUCGGAAUGAAUCGAAUGAGGAUAAAGAGCAGGAUAAUCAUAAAUACGAUCGUGAGGAAUUAACGUUUAUGUUUAAUGAACUGCCUUUCGAAUAAAAUAACGAACAGAAAAUUGUUCAUUAUUAUACAGUUCCGUGGAAUUAUAAUAAAA